AUGACGGCAACGAGCGAGACGGAGACCUUGGAGCCAUCGACCGCUGGGAGCGGCAAGCGCAAGGCGGCGCCUCCAGACGCCCCACCGACAUCAACGAAGAGCGCAAGGCAGCACAGAAAACAGUGCAAGGCGGAGACGACCGCCAUGUGCAAGUACUGCUUGAAAGGGCCAUGCGACCAUCGCUGCAGCAAUCUGCGCGACGACUACAUCCACGAUGCUGUCCGUGACGACUUUGUACUACGGAGCGACUAUGGCUGCGCGCAUUGCAAAGGCUGUGGCAUUCGCAGCGUCCACCGCCAAGACCACUGUCCGAUCUAUCAACGCGUCGCCAAAAUGAACCAAUCGCCUUUGGUCGAGCUCGACGUCGCGACCAAUCUUCCUCUAGUCAGAUAG